UACCAGUUGAGUCAAAUUUACCUGUAUGGACAAAUUGUUGGAUAGUUCACCAAAGGUGAAAGGCGGAGGGGGUGUUAACAAGAAGGCAAUGGACGGAGAUUUAAGGGGAAAACUCCAAUCUGUGUUUGAUGUGUGUGAUGUUCAGAAGGAAGGCUAUAUAACUGUUGAUCACUUCAAGAAUUUGGCGAAAGAACAUUUCGGAGCUGACAGUGAUGAGAACGUAGUAGGGAUUGUACAGAUUCUCGAUCCAGAAGGAAAAGGAAAAAUAAACUUUGACGAUUUCUGUCAAGGUGUCAACCAGAUCCUUGAGCUUCAGCCCCAGACACCUGUUACGGACCUCUCCAAAAGCCCGUUUGACUUUUCCUCAAGCUUCGCCAGCAACGGACUCGGGGAACUGUUGGGAGACAUUUCACCCACCGAGUGUAAGGAAGUAUCAGAGGCAAGUGCAUACACCUUUAACGAGUACGAUACCAACACAGACGAGGAUGGGGUUGGUCUUCUGAUCGACUUUUCUACUCCUGAACCAGUACGGAAGGACCUCCAACAGCUGUCUUAUAACAGUCAGCUGGAUUGUACAGACGAAGAGAAUUUUGAAGAUUUUGGAGAAGCAGAUGAUCUUGAAUCUGACACAUCUGACCACCUCAGUCAUAACAAGAGCUGCGAGAACUGUCACAAAAUCCGGAGUAAAAGGGGAGUUAACUAUCGGGAGAAGCAUCACCGUCGCAGUUCCUCAGGCCAUUUCACAUUUUCGACUCCUAGAGAGUACCGUUCCUUCAGUCAUCAAUCUGCCAGUCGACGUUCAGUGGCGGCAGCCUUACACAACAAUAAUCACUUUCCACCCAAAAGUCGAAGUCCUGCACCAGACGACGAGGUACUGGCUGAUAUUGACGGCAGUUUUAACCAACUCAACGAUAAGGUACAAUUACUGGAGAAUCAGAUUUUACAGUUAAACGAAGAAAAAAAAGAAGUCGUUUUCAGUCAUUCUAAGUUGAAAGACGAUAACAGUAUUCUCAUUGAAAGAGUGCAUUCUUUGGAAGAACAGCUCAAGGAUGUAGAAAUAAAAUCUGAUGAGAGAGUUUUCGACGAGCAGAGAAAAUACAAAGAAAUCAUGUCUCGGCAGGAACGAGAGAAAUCGGAUGAGAUGGAGUAUGUAACAAGGAGGCUCCAAACUUUAGAAAGCGAAUGUGAUCAACUUAAACAAGAAAAUCCUAAAUUACGACUGGAUAUAGAGAGAUUACGAAAUGAAAAAACAGAACUCCAAGAAAAGUUGUCCGAAACACAGAUUGACUAUAAUACAUUGUUAGGUGAACAUGAAGAUUUUAAACGACGAUCAGAAAGGGAGCGAGAAACAACAGGCCAGUUAUUAGAUGAGUUAGGGAAGGAGCUGGGAGAACUGCGACAGUAUAAAAUAGAUAUGGACCUACAUCGGCCUAGAGGGGAGAGCCAGGGCGAGUUACCGGGACGUUAUCAUGCCCUUCAGACGGAAGUGACAAGGUUAAAAGAGGAGAACAAAGCUCUCCAUGACACAAAUGAGGACCUGAGUGCCCAGCUUCUCACCAAUUGUUUGGAGGAGGGACGCUCUCUAGUCCAGAAUAAGGAAAACUCUUUGGCUGCAGAACUCGACCAUCUCACCAAAGAGGAGUUGAUGGACAAGUUGAGAAAACAAACAGAUAUCAAUAUUCGUCUGGAGGCUUACGUCGACCGGAUACUCCUACGAAUAAUGGAGAUGAACCCCACCCUGUUGGAAGUGUGUACCAAUGGACAUAUCGUAAUCAAUAUUUGUCUUGACCAUGGAUUUCCCAGCAAGCCAUCAUGCAUGGCCCAUGACUCCAAGCUGCGACUGCUGGCAGUUGGAACGAAACAGGGUAUCAUCAAAGUUUAUGGACAGCCAGGUGUGGAGCUUACAGGUGAAUUGAUGAGCGAUGCUACAGUCAACCAAUUAUUUUUCCUCAAUGAAGAGGGGAGACUGGUGGCGGUGAGCAGCGACAACACCAUCUAUUUAUGGGAGAUUAACGUUAAAAAAGAGAAAACCGUUCUAGAGAAUGUUAAAGAAUUUGUCUUUGGAGUAGAAGAAGGCAAACCCAAAAACAUAUCAGUAUGUUGUGUGACAAAGGAUGGCAAGUGUUUGUUGAUUGGAACAGAAGAGGGCAACAUUUACAUGCUCGACCUACAGACAUUCAAGCUCAUGGAGCAGAUCGUCUACCAAGAUGUUGUCAUGCAAAAUGUACCAGAUGACUUCAAAGUUAACCCAGGUGCAGUGGAAACUAUUGCAAACCACCCCACAAACCCCGACAAGUUCCUGAUUGGCUACAACAGAGGGUUGAUCGUCCUGUGGGACAACAAAGAAUGCAAUGCUGACCAGACCUACAACGCUACACAGCAACUAGAGUCUGUUGCCUGGCACAGAAAUGGUUCUGAGUUUAUCAGUGCUCACAUAGAUGGUAGCUACAUCAAGUGGAAGUCCACAGACUCCUCAGAGCCAAAAGAACCUGCUCUAACUCCUUAUGGUCCAUUCCCAUGUAAAGCCAUCAGUAAGGUCUGCUGGAAAACUGCUAAGAGUGAUCCAUUCAUCAUAUUCUCUGGUGGCAUGCCAAGGGCUAGCUACGGAGACCGUCACACCAUCAGCGUGAUGCAGGAGAAUUCUAACAACCACAUUGUGUUUGACUUCACAUCUAAGGUGGUUGACUUUGUGACCAUCACACGGGCUGAUGAGAAUGACACCAGUGAGGAUAGAGAUGAGAAUGACGAGCCUCACACAUUAGUUGUCCUGGCUGAAGAGGAAAUAGUCCUCAUCGACCUGGACUCCAACAACUGGCCAACAUUCCAUCUGCCGUAUAUGAACAGCUUACACUGCUCGGCUAUAACCUGUUCACAGCAUGUUGGCAACAUCCCGAACCAACUCUGGCAGAAAAUCGUGGAUGCUGGAGAGGCUCAGAUGGAUGGCCUCUCAAAGAGAGAUUGGCCGAUUAAUGGAGGGAAACUUGAAGGAGCAGAAGGGUCGACAAAAGACUUGAUGUUAACUGGUCAUGAAGAUGGUACAGUGAAGUUCUGGGAUGCCUCUGGAACCUCCAUGAAGUUGUUAUACAAAUUGUCAACCUGCAGCAUAUUUAAUGUUGACAUCCAUACAGGUGGUGACAGCAAUGGCGAAGUCGAGGAGGAGUGGCCUCCCUUUAGGAAGGUUGGAAACUAUGAUCCAUUCAGUGAUGAUCCCAGACUCGGCAUCCAAAAAAUCUCGCUUUGUCCACUCAGCGAGACGCUAGUGAUUGCAGGAACUGCAGGACAGGUGAUCACCUUACAAAUGGAGCGUGAAGACCGGGAACAGGAGGUUGAGACCGUUAAGGUCAACAUUGUCAAUGACCGUGACAAUUUUGUAUGGAAGGGUCAUGAGGCUCUACCACAAAGGGAAGGUGACAUCAAAUUUGCAUCUGGAUUCCAGCCCACAAGUAUAAUGCAGGUUUACCCUCCUGCUGCCUGUACUGCUCUUGCCUUUAACUCAGAAUGGCAGUUAGUGGCAGCUGGUACCGCCCAUGGCUUUGGACUAUUUGAUUACGCCCAGAAGAAGGAAGUGUUAGUUCGCUGUACUCUUAACCCAACAGACAUGACUGGAACAUCGGAUACACCUAUGUCAAGAAGGAAGUCCCUAAAGAAAUCCUUGAGAGAAUCAUUCCGUAAGCUGAGACGGGGUCGCUCCCAGAGGCGUGAGAAAGUCAAGAAAGAUGACAAAACUGAGGAAAAGACCACAGGUAUAGAGGAAACUCCUGCAGAGGGCGCCACCAGUCGGACAUCCCCUGCAGCAUCACCUGAGCCACGACCGGUGGAGCGAGCAGUAGAAGCUCGCAGCACGGAAGACUCCAUGGCAUCUAUGGUUAGAUGUCUGUACUUCGCAGAUACUUUUAUCACACAAGGUUCUGGAAACACACCGUCACUAUGGGUGGGCACAAAUGGCGGACACGUCUACAUAUACAGCAUAAGUGUACCAACAGAGAAAAGGUCAGAGACAGAUGUCACAUCUCUACUAGCAAAGGAAAUAAAGCUACGUCACAAAGCACCAGUCAUUUCUAUCGGCGUGGUUGAUAGCCGGGCACGAACUCUUCCUGACCCACUCGAGGUCCAGCAUGAGCGAGCCAAAGCUCCAGAAAUGUCAGGCCAGCAUUCCGUAGUUAUUUGCUCCGAAGAGCAGCUCAAGAUCUUCUCACUACCCCAGCUGAAGGCUAGGUGGAAGUUCAAACUCACAGCUCUUCAUGGUUCCCGAAUCCGCAAAGUCGCUUUCGUCACAUUUAGAAGCAAAAGUGAUGAAAAUUACACCGAGAAUGAUAUUGCCUGCCUUAGUAACCAGGGUGACCUUAGUGUAUACUCGAUCAUGACACUGCGAGAACAAUUAAUGGCUUCAGCGCUACGCAGAGAAGAUAUCAAUGGUAUCUCAUCAUUUACCUUUACAAAACAAGGCCAGGGCUUUUUCCUGAACUCCCCAUCAGAAUAUAUCCGAGUAACACUGUCAUCACGGUAUGUGGCUGACUCCAACUGUGCAGUUGAGUUAAAGGAGGGCAUGAGACCUGAACCAGAGCCUGAGCCAGUCGUAGAGGCAGCUCCGGUGGCUGAAGGGACAACAGAGGGUGCUGAGGAAGGUCAGACAGCACAGGAAGAGGAAAAACAAGGGGAGGGCGAGAAUCUAGCGAGUCAGCAGCAGUACAACAGUGGGGACAUCGCUGAAGCUCUCAGCGACUCACAGUUGAUGAAUGAUUCGCGAGCAGAUACCACAAUAGAAGGGGAGAUAACUCAAGACAGUAUACAAGUUAUGGAGACACUGUCCACUGAGGUGACCACUGAAGUUCAGUCAAGUACUGUUGUCGAGACGACGACCACAACAGUGGCCGAGGUAUCACACACGGCAUCUUCCGUCAUGGAGACAGUCACCUCAGUUACAUCUUCAACCACAGAGGAAACAACCACACAAGUAAAUAACAUAGAUGACGACACGAAGGCGACACAACCUGUUGUGGAGGAGAUUGAUACUUCAGAUAAACUGAAGGAACUGAAGAUAACCGAAGAUGUAGAUGAAACAGUGAUCGCCAAGAAAGUCGCACAAGAAGCCGAUACCAUUGUGGACACUGCUGUUGCAAGUUAAUUCCAGAAAUGUCCCCCUUUGUAAUACUCCCCUAUAGGGAGUCAGAAAUGUGGUAUCGGGGCAGCUGGGACCAAGAACGCAGGCGCUUUUACAGUAUUUUGCAGCACUGAUGAUAGUAUGGAUAUUUCUGGUGAUGAUGCUGAUAUCAGGUGAAAUUCUUUAGACAAGACAUGCUAACAUAGAAGCAGGCCUGUUCGAUGACAGGCAAAACUUCCUUACUUCUGGACAGCCUGUGACUUUCAGUGUCAUCAACGUAAUUCCAAAAUUAGUCUUGACAUUUAUAAUUGCUCUGUUAUGAAGUGUGGGCAUUUAGUUCAUCUAAGACUCAUGAUGACAGCGUGUGUGAAUUCUAAUUGCGUCAGUGACGGACAUUGCUCAUCUUUUGAACAAAAAAAAAACAGCUUUAAGGUAGGAUGGUGUGGAAUGCAUUAUCCAUGUCAAUGAUUUCUGAAUCUGAUUGAAUUUAUCAGUAUAAUAAGGAUGGAAUACAGUCAGAUUCAAGAUGUUUCAUCUUCCAUACACUCAUUUAACCAACCUUAAAUUAUUAACUUCAUUAAAAUGUUUUCUGUUUAGUUACUAUGGUGAUAUAAGCAGUACUGAUGCUAUAUAUAUUAAUAGUCUAUGUCAUAAUGUGGUUGGGGAUAUAGACAGCUUCCAUUUGGAAACAUAAUGUAGUUUUGUAAGGUUCUUUUUGUAAGUGUUGCAAAGUUAAUCACGAUGAUUGUAAAUUAUGCAAAUUUUUAUUUUAUACGAUUUCUUUUCGAAGCUUCAUUGGUUAAUGCUCUUUAUAUUUUAUGCAUUUUUAUGUGAUUAGUGCAAUUUAAGUUUAAGAGUCCAUAGAAAUGUUGAGUCCUGGAUAAGGCAGCAUAAGAAAAGCAAAGAAAAACGAUUAAAUCAGAACAUGAAAGCUGGAGGCAUGCUUGUAUCAGUAUUUUAUAGUUGGAUUAUUUCUAGCAUUAUAUAAAACUGACCCCAGUUUUAGAUGUGUUCUUAAAGAUAUUUCCUUCACACCAGCACAACUUUUGCAUUGGGGGAAAAAAUGGAAAAUUCUUUGUUGAAGAACGUUCAGGAAACUUGGGUUAGGUCGAAUUUAAAGAAUACAGAAGCAGAAUAUUUCCAUCAAAUGAAAUAUUACUGUAAGCAUGUUUUCAACAUUUUUGAAGACAUGGUAACAAAAUAGAGAUUUGUAUGUGUUUUGUGUAUAGAUUUGUACAGUUUUAGAUAAAAUGUGAUAGUUUAUUUAGUGUGUUAAAUUCUGUGCUAAUAUGUCUUAAUAGCAAUAUUCUAACUUUGUUAAAAACUUAAACCGACAAUGUAGUUGUACAUGUUUUAAAUGAAAAUGUUUUGCUGUUAAAGUGACUACAUUGCCAAGUUCCAUAUUUUAUAUAUUAGAAUUUCGAAUCUUACUAUACUUUAAACUAGAUCUGUAACAUAUUUAAACAGCGUACAUCAAUAUACAGUUAAAGUAUGGGGUUGAGGGAUAUAGAAAGUUUCUGGAUUACGGAGACCAGGUCUAUUUCCCGAGGCGAAAAUAAUAAUCUAUUUAUAGUAUUUAUUUAAAAAACAAAGUUUGCUAUACCAAUAUUAUUUGACGAAUGAAAUAAAUAAUUGAUUUAAGAAAUUUCAGAAAAAGUGAUAUUUAUGAUUGAAAAAAAUGGAUGAUCAUUUGAUGAUAGUACACUUAAAUAAGUUAAAACUUCUUCAUUUACAUGCAGUGUGAAGAUGUAAAUAGUACUAACAGCGUUGUGUAACUUCUGGCUUGGGUAAGGUCAAUUUCUCUAUGUGUUCAGAUAGUUAUGGGUGGGCUGAAAUGGUUGUGAUGUUUUGAUGUCAAGCUGACCUGAUUAUUGUUGGCAUAAUAGGGUGUGAUGGUAGUUAGUCAUUUAUAGUCCUUAGGCAAUAUUAAAGUGAAAAUUUGUGACUGGCAGGUUUCAUUGGGUCCGUUAAGUGUGAACCCUGUCCUCUAUAUUGGUAUAGAAAGGUUGUAUUUGUGUGAUCUUGGAUGUGUUCCCCUUACCACUGUGAAUUUUUUUUAAUCCAAAGCUUAAGUGAUUUUGACACUGUAGACUCAGAGUUUUUCAUGUAACAGUCCAAAUUGUACACAUAGAUAGAUAUCAUUGUAUAAUUUGAUUUUAAAGGAAGUGUCCCAUUCACCAGUAACAUUUGAUUGAAGGGUUUCUUAGGUAAAAUAACGUAUGGUCAGCUUACUGUAUUUAUCUACAUUACCAUGUAACCUAUACUUUAACAGAUGACUAUUGAACUUAACAUGAAAAAUUCGGUUUCUACAGUAAAAUACCAUUUAUUUGCCUUAUCAAUUGUUAAAUGCAAUUUUAUACAUUUUUGCUCGUGCCUCGCUGUUUGUGACCCAUUUAAGGAUGGCGAUAUGCUUGUUAACGUUGUGAUACCCCUGUGUUUUAAGGGUUUAAGGAAUAGGGUUUAUUUUUCUCACUAGUGUAUUCAUGUUAAAUAUUUCAAAUGACCAAACUACCAAGAUUUUUAUCAUGUUUUCCAUAUGAUUGUUUUCCAGAGAGAUUGCUUGUAAAGCUUUUUGAUAUAUAAGUGUGAAUAUGAUGACACUUUCUUCGUCUGAGUAUGGUUGGUAAUCAUUCUAGAAACAACUGGGACUUUUUUUGGAAAACAAAGCCUUCAUUAUCCAUUGAUAAAAAAGUAUUAAACACUGCUGUGAAUGGGGAAAAAAGGAUUUUAGAUAAGGAUUAUACAGGGACACCAUUUUCAGAGUUGAACCAUAAGUAUGUGAUCAAGUGAUGUUGAGUCUUUUCAAAGCCAGUAUAACUAAUAGCCAUCUUGUAUCAUUACUAUGCUUGCUUGUGUUGUCAGUAACAUGGUAAGUGUCUGUGCAUUUAAUUAAAUCACUCAUACUGGUUGUAAAUGAAUUGUGUAUUAUUCAUGUUAUGUAAUAAUGGCAUUAUUUUGAUUACAACCAUCAAGAUGAAAGCCUAAUAAAAUAUUCCACCAUAACACAA